GUGGGGCGGGGAAGCCGUCAACUGAAGACCUGUAUUACCAAUAUUAUUUAUAUGUACAAAUACAAUGUAUGUAUUCUCGCAGUACUUCAUGAGGGCGUAUACUGAUUGGCGGCCAGGUACGACUGCUCGGCCCAGGUAUUCCGGAGUGGUUCAAAGUGCGCGGCAACGAGCAAAUGUUUAAAGUGCAAACGGAAUCAAACUACAACAACAGUUGCAUUUCGAGUCCGGCUCUUUGUUGUUGUUGUUUGGGUCUUAGCUUUUGUUUGGCUGCUCCGAUGGGAGCACUACGAUAAAAAUUAAAUAAUAAUAUAAUAGAAAAAGAAGCGGCAGCCGGAGCCGACACGACGCUUGUGCCCAAGUACAAGCGGCAACAGGUUGUAUUUUGCUGUUGUUGCCUCUGCAUUUAUUGUAGUCGAACCAGUUAAACGUAAUCUUAUCAGGCCUGAAGACAUAACGUAAUAGGAAGCGACGCUCGACGGGUCGAGCAGCUCGGUGGCCAAGCCACUUGGUAAACAUGCGACAGCCUGAACAGCAGUUCGUGCGUGAGCUGGAGCCGGAUGACAGAUACGACUCCUGCCUGACCGAAGAUGUUCAGCUGUUCGGGCAACUCGAUGACCUGGAUGCCAGCCGCGAGCUGCUGCUGGUGCCCUCAGCAGCCGAACUGGACCUUCUGCAGCUGGUUAGUGGAGCUAACGGUGCUGCAUUGCAACCGACGCCCACACGCGGCGACUCUUUGCAGUCGCCGCCGCAGCCGAUUAAGCCAAAGUCGAAACGUGCCACGCCCACCAAACGACAAGCGAACAACAUUUGUGAUCUGUGCGGGCGCAGCUUCAGCGAUGCGUACGGCCUACGCAUCCACCGAAUGACGCAUACGGACGAGCGGCCACACGUCUGUGAGGUGUGCGGCAAGGGAUUCCGGCAGCUGAACAAGUUGCGCAUUCAUUCCGUCACGCACACGGACAAGCGGCCGUACGAGUGCGAUAUUUGCGGCAAGGGAUUUCGCUUCGCCAACUAUUUGGCAGUGCAUCGGCGACUGCACACGGGCGAAAAGCCCUACAGCUGCAGCGAGCCCAGCUGCGGCAUGUCCUUUCACUCCAUACAUGCCCGACGCAUGCACAUGAAGCUGCACCAUGCCAGUAGCAGCAGCGGCAGCAACACUAUGGAGACAGAUAAUCAGAAUGAGGAUUGUGAUCAAGUUGAUUCGACAGCAUCGCUCAGCUUCACCUGUCCCAUUUGCGGACGCGUCUUAACGGACCAAUGCUAUUUGAAUACGCAUUUGAAGCGACACUAUAACCAGCGCGAUUUCGCCUGCCUGCACCCGGGCUGUGGCAAACGUUUUUUUAGCUCCUCCGAGCUAAACCAUCAUCAGAUUGCGCACACGCGACUUCGUCCAUUUCGAUGCACGCUGUGCGGCUCGUGCUUUCUGCGCAAAUCGAAUUACAAACAACAUUUGAAGAUUCACUGCGAUUGAAUAUGUUUUAAAAUAUAUGUAAGAUUUAUUUAAAUAUACGAUUUAUACAUAGAAUUAUUUUCGUUUGAAUGGUUUCGGUUUUGUUUGCAUUUGUUCUGUUUUAAAUAUAUGUAUGUAUUUAUUUACUUU